UACACAACUAUGUAUACUAUGUACGGUGCGCAGCGUCGCCCCGGCUUUUUUCAAGUGAUGCAGUAUACCGCGUGUAUACCCAAAUUAAAAGACAACGAGCUGCGCCGACAGAUAAUCCAAUCGCGAGCCCCACUCGUGCGUAUUUAAAUCGAAGCCAGUGCACCGAGGCCAACACAGUCCGUACACUGCCGAACGACUACCAUCACCGAUCUGCACGAUGUUUUCACUGUUGGUACCGGUCCUGCUGUCAAUCGUCGGCUGCGCGUCAACGGAGCCCAAGGCCCCGAUAGUGCACACGCCCCUCGGCGUUGUCAGGGGUACCUACAAGCUGUCCGAGAACGGGAGGUGGUACGCGGCUUACGAGGGCGUGCCAUACGCCGAGCCACCCGAAGGCGAUCUCCGGUUCAGGGAUCCGGUGCCGGUGAAGCCAUGGCCGGGGACGCUCAUGGCAACGGAGAAGCGCUCGGUGUGCGCCCAGUACGUCGACGUGCCCCCCGGGAAGGACGGCCAGCCAGUGGCGGAGGGCCAGAUCCAGGGGGAGGACGACUGCCUCCACUUGAACAUCUACGCGCCCGUUUUGCCCCGAAAAAAGAACAUGCCCGUCAUCUUCUUCAUCCACGGUGGGGCCUUCCAGUACGCCAGCGCCAACUACUUCGGGGACAAGUACCUCGCCGAUCGCGACGUUGUGUUUGCCGCCGUGAACUAUCGCCUGGGCAUCAUGGGCUUCCUGAGCACGGAGGACGCGUCGCUGCCCGGGAACUACGGGUUGAAGGACCAGGCGUUGGCACUUAGGUGGAUCUCGCGGUACAUCGGGUACUUUGGCGGUGACCCGAGCCGGGUGAUCGUCGUGGGUUUCAGCGCGGGCUCGUCGAGCGUGCAGUACCACUACCUGAUGCCCCAAAGCCGGGGGCUGUUCCAUGGCUCCAUAGGCAUGAGUGGCACCUCCGUGAACCCUUGGGGCUUCUCCGCGAGGGGCUCGGCGGAAAAGGCCAAGAAACUCGGUGCCAUUUUCGACUGUCCCACCCACAACUCGGCUUGGAUGGUCGAGUGCCUGAGACGGGUGCCCGCGCACGAGCUCGUCGCCGCCGAGAAGCACUUCCAACCCUGGCAGUACAACCCCAUGGCCCCGUUUGCCCCGGUGGUCGACGGCGUCUACGUCACCAAGUCGCCCAAGGAAGCCUUCGAGGCUCGGGAGUUGUACGACGUGCCCGCCAUCUACGGCUUCACGAGCGACGAGGGCUGUUAUCCGGCUGCAGCUUACGCCCCGCACGGCAAUCUGUUGCGCGAGUUGAACGACAACUGGACGAAGAUAGCGCCCCACCUGAUGCAGUACAACUACACCUUGCCCCAAAAGAUGCACGAGGUGGUGGCCAAGGACGCAAGGAGGGAGUACUUUGGGGGUGCCAGUAUAAACAAAAAAAGCGCGUUGAAGUUGAUUGAGAUGCUGUCGGACCAGCAGUUCCUCGUGGGCAUCGAGGCAGGGGUGAGGCUGCAAGCCCAGGCAUCCCGUAGUCCGGUGUACCUGUACGAGUACGCGUUCCGGGGCUCCCAGAGCUACAGCGACCACCUGAGUCGCACUACCAACGAUUACGGUGUUUGUCACGCGGAUGACAUGAAUCUCAUAGUCGAGAAUCCAAACGUCGAUCCAACCAAGACGAAGGCGGAGUGGAAAAUGUCCAACUUUUUGAUGGACCUCGUGGAGUACGUCGCGUACCACGGAGUACCGCAUGCUGGUCUGAAUUGGAAGCCAGUCGACGCCACCAACCCCGAGCUCAAGUACUUGCGCAUCUACAAGCCGGGACGGUACAAGAUGACAGGCAGCACCAACUUGGGGAACAAGAGAUUCUGGAAGAAGUAUUUUUUCACCGCGUGAAUUGUGCUUGCAGUACGCACGCGUGUAUAGGCACACCAGGGGAGAUCACAACGAGAUAGAACAUGGAAAAUGAUAAAUAUAUCACA